AUGAAUCAACAAGAUGACAAUGACUUACAUUCAAAAUCGACGUUUUCUGCACAUCGAAUCAAUGCCGGAAUUACGUAUCUUCCAUUACCGGAACUGCGUUUACAACUAGCAAAACCUCAGCAAACUCUAGAUUACAAACAUCAAAUCGAGCAAGAUUUCUACAUACGUUAUCGGCAUAUGAACGAGAAUGAGUUCGAUGAGAUCUUGGGAAAUAUUAAUGAAUAUCGAGCUCGUCACUAUAAGAGUAGUUAUCGACGUUUGUAUGAAAAUUUGCUUUUAUCAAUUCUAAGAAGUGUUGAUUUCGAUGACGAAAUUCUUAAAAUAAAACAUGCACUAUUGUAUAACAGCGAACUUUUACCUAUUCUCAACCAUAAUCAUAAACUAGCAAAACGAGAGAAACGAAUCUUAUAUAAUUUAACAACAAAAACCUGGCAGAAAUUCGAUGAAUGUAUUCAGAGUGAAAUUCACAUGCAAUAUCAAUUAAAGCAAUGUAAACAAGAACAUGAAAGUUUACUGGAAAUGAAAAUCAAACAAGAGCAACAUCAGAAAUUCGCUUUGGAAUUACAAGAGAUGAGUAUCGAGUUAAUCUACCUAAAAAAAGAAAUUCAACAACUACACGAUGUGAAAUAUCAACUAGAAAUGGAGCUGCAUGAAACUCGUGCUCGUUGCUCCCAUUAUCUAAUUCAUUUAAAUUAUCUUCAAACCAACAUUCACCGAUCGCAUACUAUCGAAUUGAAUAACCUUCAACUCGAACGAGAUUCGAUAAUAACCCAAACCGAAUUGAUCAAAUAUAAUCUCUUCGAACAGAUGCAGCAAUACCAUUCUCUACUGCACGAUUAUCGUGCAAGUCUAGACACGUUUCGUUCGACAUUGAGUGAACUCGAACAACAAUUGAAACAACAAACUGAUCGGGAAUUUAGCUCGAUGGAAAUCUUCAGUUCAUUCCAACGGCAAACAACAACGAAUGACACUCAACAGUUGAUCUACAUCUUCGAGAAUAAAAUUGACGAGAAGAAAUCGCUUAACAGACAAUUAGAGCGAACAAUCGAAAGUCUUCAAGAGAAAAUCUAUAAAUUAAAACAAAACUUCGUCAAGAAAGAUAAUGAUUAUCAAACCAUGCUGCACAAUGAACAGCAAUUCAAUGAAGAUAUCAAAAUCCAUCGAGAAAUCUAUAUUCAACUCAAAACUGAGCGUCGUUCACUCGAACAUCAGUUGGCAACCAAACUAAAACAAUAUUCCGCUGAUGAUCGUCUUCAUCAUACACUUGCUCAGCAACACGAUUCAUUCUUAGCUCGAAAGAAAUUAGAGCAAAUACGCAUUAACACAUCAACUGAACAAUUGCAUUCGCUGCUCGAUGAAAAUAAUUAUCUAGAAACAUUCGUCAAUCAACUCUAUCAACAAUAUACUCAGACUAACCCGAAUAGUUUAUCGAACCUACAAAUGGAAAUUGAGCGUUUGAAGCAAUCGCGUCAGAUCUUCAUCCAACACAAGAUUCGCGACCGGCAAACGUAUACGAAGUAUAAAACUCAAGAUGAACAAUUACAAAUCAAAAACAAUAGAAUUGCCAAUCGGAUUCGGCAGAUUCUCAAUCGUGUCAAACAAAUUGACAUCGCUUUUAAAGCAAACAAAGAACAUCUUCAUACAUUAGAAAAUCAACUUAUACAAGAGCAGAACUACUAUUUACAAUCAAAUUAUCUAUUAACUCGAAUGAAAAAUCGUUCGGAAGUAUAUCGAACGAGACAGCAUGCCAUAAAAAUGCAAAUCCAAAUUGCAAUCAAUAGUAUCAAACAUUCGCAGCAUUAUCGAGAAACAUUUGCAGAUCAGUUAUCUAUUUGUAAGAAUGAUUUACUCGUUCAACAAGUCUCGUUGAAUAAACUGCGUGAAUUUCAUACUGCUCUUCAAGAGCAACUCGAAGUGAAUGCGAGGAAACUGGUUACUAUCCAUGCACACGUCGCAAGCCUUAGUAAUCAAUACAAAAACUCAGUUCAAUCUCUUGAAAGAAUACGAGAGGAUGUGAAAAACUGUUUGUAUAUCCGAUCGAGUCUCGGUCGAAUGAUUGUUCGCCGUAUUGAUUUGUGCCAAUUACUUUACAAGAAAUUAGCUCGAUACGAUCAUCACAUUCAUCAACGGGAUCGAUCUGUUCAAAUCAUCACCAAAUGUAUCUACUCUCUGAAAAGCGAAAUUCAUCAGCUGCGACGUAGCAAUCAAAAAUUUCUCGAGAAGAAAGAUCACAUGCAACUCGAAACUGUUAAAGUUCAUAUGGAAAAACUACUCGAUCAGUCGUAUACAAAGCAACAAACACUGACAAAACAAAUCUUUCAACGACGUGUUUAUACAAAACGUUCACUCGAUCGUCUACCAUCCGAAGAUCUCACAUAUCUGAAAACGAAGUUUUACAUGUUAAAAACUCGUUAUAUUAAAAUUAUCUGUCGAGAUAUUCUUUGUAAUUUCGUUCUCGUUGCAAUUCAACAGGAAUAUUUCAAUUAUCUGAGAUAUUACACAUGCGAAACGCGUCGAGAUGAUCUUGCUAAUUUGAAUCUCUUACGAAGAAAUCUUUGUCAAUUGAUGAAACAAUUAAAAGCAAAAACGGCUGAAAAUAAUAUCUUAAUUAACUACUACGAUUGGAUUCAAUGGAUUCGAAUUGACGUUAUUCAACAGAUCGUGCGAUGGAAUGACAAUUCACAUUAA